CCGGACUCUGCAAUAAUGUACUAUGAAUAUCGUAUCGACGGUAAUUGAUUCUGAUUUAAUCGCUCACUGUUAUAAACUAUAAUUAGCUCGUAAUAUGUGUACUUUUAGUAAGCAUAAGUUAGGAAUGAACAAAACGAGUUUCAGAUGAUAUCGAAUUCGCAAACUUUCUCGCGAACUGGUCGAGGUCUGCCGGCUUAAGGCUAAUUUCUAAUCCAACCCAACAUCUUAAUGCACAUCACAUAGAGAUUGAAUAAACAAGUUUUUAUUGACGACCGGUUUGGCCUAGUGGGUAGUGGCCCGGGUUCAAAUCCUGGUAAGGGCAUGUAUUCGUGUGAUGACCAUGGAUAUUUGUUCCUGAGCCAUGGGUGUUUUCUAUGUAUUUAAGUAUUUAUAAAUAUUUAUAUAUUAUAUAUAUUAUCGUUUUCUAAGUACCCUCAAAACAAACCUUAUUGAGCUUACUGUGGGACUUAGUCAAUUUGUGUAAUAAUGUCCUAUAAAAGAAACAGAACACAGGGUAUAUAUUAACACCUUUUAUUCGAAACACAAGUAUAAAACAGGAUAAGUAUUAUUUAAAUUAACGGGUAGUUUAAUCACUUGGGAAUCUUAACAAUAGACAUGUGUAUCUUCAGUUACGUAUAAGUAAUACUGGAAAGCAAAUAGUAAUAACAAUUAACAAUAGACUGGAUCUACAAUUCAACUAGAUUACUCAAUGUUACAGUAUCGAAAAUCAAUAUAAGCUUAAAGAAAGUUAAUCAAUUGGACGAUAUAAUACAAUACAAUAUUGUGACCGCUCACGACGCUGCUCGAUGGCAAAGUGCUGGGCCGUGCCUUCAUCAUCACGUCCCCACCUUCGUCCUUCUACAGUGGCGCCGACUGGUGAUGGCUGUUGUAAACCACUUCCACCGGUCCGAUGCGUCACCACGUCCAGCAGGUUCUAUGUCGAGGCUUCGUUUCACAGUUCUUGCUCCAAAGAUGGCGCUGUCGUCCAAUAAAUAUACUGGAAAUGCAUGGGCGACAACAUCUAUAAUGUUUAUUUAUUUUAUUUAUUCCAUAACUAAGUACUUACCUACUAUUAAAAACCGGGGUAUUUACCUUGUAAAUUUGCUUUUCCGAGCUACCGAUAGCAACAUUGCAAAUUGCAAAGGAGUCAGAUGUGCAGCGAGUUUUAAUACUUUUAAUUGUAUUCUACCCACACACCAUACUUAUCUUCUUACGGAUUGGCAUUUUACGCACAGUGCUUAUUCUAUUCUCAUAAUUCUUAAGUGCGUGGUAUGUCGUGAAACGUCGUCAGUCGUCAUUGUCAGAAUCCCUCCUGGCAAAACCUACAAGAGGAGAAAGGAAUAAAAAAAUCCUCAUCUAAAUCUUAAAUACUCCGGCCGCGGAUCACCGAUUAUUAUAGUAAUAUCGAUAUUUUAUACCACACUUUGGAACUUAUCGAAUAAAGUUAUCGAUAUAAAUAUUAAUAUUCCCGUAUUUUUACAUCAAUGACUCGUCGAUAAGCAAUAUAUAACAUAGGAAGUCCUGUUAUAAUUUAUUCAUAACAAAAUUAGUACUCGUGGGUUACGCGUCGCUUUGGAUUAAACGUAAGCUUUUUGGCGGAAAAAUGCAUUUCAAGUUGCAUUUCACCUUGUUUAUCCUCAUGUUUGCAUCAUCCAAAACUUUGCAGUAUGAUCUGCCUAUCAGCGGGAAUAGAAUAUUACCAGACUCAGAACCAACGAUGGUCCUGCCGAAUUUCGAACCGGAGAUACCCGGGCAUUGUCAGAACCACAGCCUUUGCGAGGAUGUACCAAACUACCCCCACGAAUACAUCGACCACUUACUGGAAAACAAUGCCACGGUGAGAAAUGCAUUGUUCUUGAUGACGGGUGGAUUUGGCGACGCCAGAGGCUGCAAGGCUAAUAAAGAUCCCAUCAAAGUGGAAGUAUGCCAAUCCAAAAUGCACUGGGUUCAAGCGAAGGCUGGUCGAGACGCGAGUGGCCGCUGGUAUUUUCUAGUCGGCGCCCAACCGCUCUGCGAAGAGCUAUGCAUAAUGCCUGACAGCCCUUGCGCGCGACCCGAAAAAAGGAAUAGCCCCAUCGCCGUUGCCCAAGGCUACAGAGCUACUUGCAAACAGAAUUUAAUUGAUAAGCCCAAGGCAGCACUCGACAGGAAUGGUGCUAUUAUCGUUUUGCAGCUCCCUAUUAAAGGAGGUUGCUGCUGUCAUGUCACACAAAAGUCACCGGUGUCGUAUUCGUAUUCAUAAGUUAACAUUAACUUAAUUUACAAGCGUAGGCGCUGUCAGGAUAUUUUAAUGGAUACCUAUGCAAUCAAAAAGAAUAUAACAUACAUGCAAUAAGGGACUGGUCUAUUCAGAACACGUACGCUUUUUGCUCUGAACUAUUAACAUUGUAAAAGAGCCCUUGAGGCCUACUUGCAGAAUACACUUUUGUUUUUGAAUUUUGAACAUUUGAUAAAAAAAUCUAUGCUAACCCUUGUUAAUCUAUAUGUAUAGUGUACCUAUACUCUGUAUCUCUAGGUAUUUAAAACAAAAGUAAACAAAAUCUACCCUCAAAUGGCUCCUUAAGCCAGUUGAGGGUAGAUGAAAACAUUAUAUGAUCAAAUAAUGUAGAUUAAAGUCAGGUCGUUCAGUGACGGAUCCAGGCAGUUUUAUAUUUAGUUGGUAACCAAUAAAUGGUAUAAAUACCCGAAAAUGUACAUAUUGUUUGUUUACUUUUAUUUAAAUACCUAAACAUACAGAGUUAACUAAAAAGUUAAAAUGGUUUUUUGUAUUAUUAACUUUAUCAUUAUAUCAUUAAUUGUCAUCGCCCAUGUUUACACGAGUUAGCGUCCAAUAUCUCCGAGUCACUGCAAUUAAAUUGAAUUAUUUGUCGCAGUCAUAUGACGUUAGCGGCCUAAGAGCCCGAUUCAGAUUUUAUAUUUUGUUAUGGCUUAGACACAACAAUUUGACGAUCGUCAUAGUGGUUAGCGCGCAUCUCACGCAGGACUUUCACUUCAUUUCGCAUUCACCAAUCAGCGUGAGCGAUCUUCAAGGUCGUGUCAAAACCUGUUCAAACCAUCCUCCUCCUUAUUUGACUACUUCUUAUUUGACUUUCAGAUCUAUCUUAUUUUACAGAGAGCCUGAAAGCCCAUGCGCGCACCCCGACAAAAAUGACAGUCCCCUCACCGUUCCUAAAGGCUACGAAGCCACUUGCAAACAGCAUGUUAUUCAAACGCCCAGAGCAGCACUAGGCAAGAAUGGGGCUUUGAUCGUUAUCCCAUUCCGUGUUUAUGCCGGAUGUUGCUGUUAUGUUACACAGAUUAUACAUUUUGAUAAAAGUCUCUAGAAAUAAGAGGAAACUUUCUAAAUACAAACCACAUUUAACAUUUUUGAUAAAAUUUCCAUUUCGAGAGGAAACGAAUUCUUAACAAAUUACGUUGAUAUCGAUCGCUUCAGCAAAUAUAUUAAAAUUUAUAUGUUUCGCUUUAAAAAAAAUAGUUUUUAUAAACAAACUUAAAUUAAAUUUAGUUAGUGGAAACCGUUUUCUCGCGAAAUAAAAGUUUCACCAAAAAAUGUACGUAGGUACUUACGUUCAGAUUGGAUCGCAAAGCUAUUCUUCCCUCUUAAGGGUUUUACGAAACGGAACACAGAGCUACAUAUGUAAUAAAAACCUGUAAUUCCAGGAAAGAACUCAAAGUUUUCCCGUUGACAGUAUUAUAAAGCAAAAAAGUACAUAUUAUUACGAAAUAUUAGCAUUUAUUUAUAUAAAUCUAAUUUGAUUUUAGGAAUUAUAUCAUUUCAUUGCCUUGGAUUUCACGGGCCUAUAAAUCCCGGUCUUUUGAUAGGCUUGCGUGGGGAUAUAGAUCCAACACGUAGAGGCCCUUUGGAGAGAUUUAAUAUCAUUUCAUAUUAUUAUGAUCGUAGUUAACCUUAAUUUUAAAAACUUAAAUAAUUUUCAAGUAGUUUCUAUGAUCAUAUUAUGUAAAAAACAACUACAUAACACAGCAGCGUUGCAGUGGCGGCAAAAUGAAAUAAAAAUCAUUUUUUUCCUUACAUAUAUAUUAAUUUAAUUUAAUUUUAAUUACUGAAAAAAAAUGUUUUUGCCACUGUGUAUUAUUAAGUAUUUUUAAUCUUAGUGCGAUAAUUAUAUUAUCUUUGAAAAAUAUAUUGUCUAAUAUUUCA